CACACUUGGAUUUCGCUGGAGACAAAUGUAACCCAGGUGGGUCCCGCUAGUUGGUUGCGAACUUGAACAGUUGAGCUCAGCGCUGCACAACACUCGAUAGAAACCGCAAAGCACAAAACGCCGUCGUAGCAACUCGUGUGGCAGAGCUUCAAACCUUCAGCAAUGGCCAUGGCAGCCACACCCGUCUACGCCUCUUCAAUCGCCACCACCACUGCCACAACAACCAAACCACUCUCUCGUUCUCUUCCUCGCUCGAACCUGCCAGCUCCAAACCCCUACAGUCUUCGAACGCCAUAUUCUCUAUCUCUCCGAGCCGCCCAAACGACGCGCAGGCCAGUCGUUUUUGCCUCCGCCAGCACGGCCUUCGAGGUUGACCAAGCCCCAGCUUCCGCCGCUGCCUCCAAGGUCUUGCCUUUUCGGGUCGGACACGGGUUCGACCUGCACCGGUUGGAGCCCGGUUACCCUUUGAUCAUCGGCGGCAUAAACAUACCUCACGAUAAAGGCUGCGAGGCUCAUUCCGAUGGGGACGUGUUGCUUCACUGUGUGGUGGAUGCGAUAUUGGGGGCUCUGGGCCUUCCGGAUAUCGGGCAGAUAUUUCCGGAUUCGGAUCCUAAGUGGCGCGGUGCAGAUUCCUCUGUUUUCAUCAGAGAAGCUGUGAGAUUGAUGCAUGAGGCAGGGUAUGAGAUUGGAAAUUUAGAUGCUACUUUGAUUCUUCAAAGACCAAAACUGAGCCCACAUAAGGAGACUAUGAGGGCCAACUUGGCUAAGCUGCUUGGAGCAGACCCCUCUGUUGUGAAUCUCAAAGCUAAAACUCAUGAGAAGGUGGACAGCCUUGGAGAAAAUCGAAGUAUUGCCGCUCACACUGUGGUUCUUCUUAUGAGAAAGUAAGAAAAGGCCUUUAAUGGCAGUUCUUAAAUUGUGAUCAUUGUAGUUUAUCAUGACUGUUGUAUGCUGCUGUUCUGCUUACACAGCUUAUAGGUAACGAAUUUGCUUACUCAUCUCACAACUGUGCAUUUGGUUGGAAUCACAUAUAUGAAAAGUGUUUUCUCUUUC